AUGAAUAAUAAUGAUGGUAGAAUAGAUAAAAAUGGAAAUUAUAAUCACACACAUAAUUUAGAAUCAAUUACAAAAACAGAUAAAGAUAAUAAUAAUAAAAAUGAAAAAUUAUUUUUUUCAGUGUGGAGAAACAAGUAUCUUCAAAACGAAAUACAAAGACACCACAGGUUAUAUAGAAAAAAUAAACAAUUAACAAUUGACAAAUCAAUGGAUCAACUUAGAUAUCACCCACAUAGAAGAUAUACAACUUCAUUAAAUAUUGCUGUUAAUGAACCAUUAGAACCACAAAUAAUACCUUAUGGAGCAAAAAAAAUUCAUUUUACUGGAAAUUUUAAUAAACCAAUCAAAGCAGGCGAUAUUCCAAAUACAGUAAAUAACUUAUAUUUUUGUAAUAAUUUCACCCAGCCAAUAGAUAUUAAAUCGACCAUACCAUCAAGUGUAACAAAAUUAGAAAUAACUACAUAUGAUUCAAUAGUCACCCCAAAUAUGUUUCCAUCUUCUCUCACCAGUUUAAAAAUUCGAUCAUAUCAAGGUUCGGGUAUCGACAUUUUUCCAAAAUCUUUAAAUAGUUUAGGUAUAUAUGACUUUAACAGUGAAAUAGUACCAGGUUUGUUUGGUUCUGUAGAAGAAUUGUUUUUAAAUUCCUUUAAUCAACCUUUAGAACCAAAAAAUUUACCAAAAACAUGCCAAAAACUCUCACUAUGUAAAUAUAUUCAUCCAUUAAAACCAAAAACUCUUCCACCCAAUUUAAAAAGAUUGAAUCUAAGCUGUUUUAAUCAUCCAAUAUCACAUGGUGUACUUCCAGAAACAAUCACUGAAUUGUUACUUGGUGAUUUUAAUCAACCAUUAUCAAAUUCUCUUUCAUCAUUAAAAUCAUUAAAAAGACUAUCUUUAUUUUCUUUCAAUCAAGACUUAAAAAAUGGAGAGUUACCAAACUCUAUUGAAUUUUUAUUUUUAUGUUCAUAUAAUAAAACUUUAAAACCAAAUGUACUUCCAUCUUCAAUUACGGAUCUAAAGUUUAUGCAUUUUAACUGUCAAUUUGAACCACAAGCAAUUCCUCCCAACGUAAAAAUAUUAUGGCUAAAUUCAUAUAAACUCACCCUUGGUAAACAUUUAUUACCAAAUAAUUUAGAAACUUUAACAUUAAAUAGUAAAAAAACUUUAUUAGAAAAUGAUUUACCAUCAUCGAUUACACACCUUAAUUGUAAUUUCAAAGGUCCAAAUUCUUUCGAAAUCAAUUCUAUUCCACCAUCAGUUAAAACACUACGACUUACAACAGAAAAUUUACAACCUCUUCCAAUCGGCUUAAUUCCCAAUUCAGUUGUUAAAUUAACUCUUAAUGAUUAUAAUCAUCCUCUUCCUGUAGGUGUAUUACCAGAAUCCCUCACUAAAUUAACCUUUGGUGAUGAAUUUGAUCAACCUCUAGAUUCAAAUGCUAUUCCCCAAUCGGUUACUAAAAUUUCUUUAUAUAAUAAAUCCUAUCAACAUUCAAUACCAGAGUCUUUAUCUAAAAAGUUAAAAAUUAAAAAAAAAACCUUUUUUUAA